CUCCGCCAGGCGUAUGCGGGCAAAGCCCUGGAGGAGCAGCUGCGGGCCGUGUCCAGCGUGGACGAGCUCAUGACUGUGCUGUACCCGGAAUACUGGAAAAUGUACAAGUGCCAGUUACGGAAAGGCGGCUGGCAGCAAAGCCAGGAUCAGCCCAACGUCAAUUCGAGGACGGAGGACACUAUAAAAUUUGCCGCUGCGCACUAUAACGCAGAGAUCUUGAAAAGUAUUGAUAAUGAGUGGAGAAAGACUCAAUGCAUGCCACGUGAGGUGUGUGUAGAUGUGGGGAAGGAGUUUGGAGCAGCCACAAACACCUUCUUUAAACCUCCAUGUGUGUCCGUCUACAGAUGUGGGGGCUGCUGCAACAGUGAGGGGCUUCAGUGCAUGAACUCCAGCACGGGCUACCUCAGCAAGACGUUGUUUGAAAUCACGGUGCCUCUCUCCCAAGGCCCCAAGCCGGUCACGGUCAGCUUUGCCAACCACACGUCCUGCCGGUGCAUGUCCAAGCUGGAUGUUUACCGACAGGUGCACUCGGUCAUCAGGCGCUCGGCGCCCGCGGCGCCGCCACAGUGCCAGGCUGCCAACACCACCUGCCCCGCGAACCACACGUGGAGCCAGCACCUCUGCAGGUGCCUCACUCAGCAAGAUUUUAUUUUUGCCGCCGGCGCUGGAGACGACGCGGCCGACGGGUUCCACGACGUCUGCGGCCCCAACAAGGAGCUGGAUGAAGAGACCUGUCAGUGCGUCUGCAGGGGGGGCCUCCGGCCCUCCAGCUGUGGACCCCACAAGGAGCUGGACAGACACUCGUGCCAGUGUGUCUGCAAAAACAGACUUUUCCCCAGCUCGUGCGGGCCCAACAGAGAGUUUGAUGAGAACACGUGCCAGUGCGUGUGCAGAAGGACCUGCCCGAGGAACCAGCCCCUCAACCCGGCGAAGUGCGCCUGUGAAUGUACAGAGAACCCCCAGAAGUGCUUCCUAAAGGGAAAGAAGUUCCAGCACCAGACGUGCAGUUGUUACAGACGGCCGUGCACGAACCGGCUGAAGCACUGUGAGCAGGGACUCGCCUUCAGUGAAGAAGUGUGUCGCUGUGUCCCCUCGUACUGGAAGAGACCGCACGUGAACUGAGAUGGGACCGUUUUCCAGUUCCUCACAUUUCCGCCGUGGAAGGCUGUGCGGCCCCUUUAAAACUGUCUGUGGACAGAGAGACCUGGGGGCCACGGUGACAGACAGAAGUGGGUGUUUCCGAACCACGCGGAUCACGUCACGGGAACGGGCUGGCGCUCAUCUGCAAAGACCUCUUGUAAACACUGGUUUUCUGCCAAGGACCGAACAGCUGAGGUUUUUCUGUUGUGAUUUAA